AUGGCGAGUCUACUUGGCACAAACUACGACACAAGCGAUGACGAGGCCGCGCCCGCGCCAUCGAGGGCGAACCAACAAUCAUCCGUCCGGGCUGCGCCAGACAUUUCCGUAGAGGUUUGGUCCCCAACCAGCGCUCACAGUGGCGGGCAAGGGUCUAAUAUCUUGCAGGGCACAUCGCAACUUGAACUAAUGCUGGCAAACCCCACGAGCAAUUCAUUGAGUGUGAAUGUCUCGUACGAUAAUCUUGCCCGACCAUCGCAAGGGCCCACGAACCCAUAUAAAACCGCCAACGGCAAUGCGCUCAAGAGGAAGAACGUGUUGACCGGACAUGCGGAAGAAACCGCCAUAUCAGAAUCAACGUUCAGGACACAGCACCGUACUUUUCAAAGUCUAGGAUACACGCAAGAUCCCUCACAGAAUGGAGCCUUUGUUGGCAACCAAGCAGCGAUCGAGAAGUACGGCGGCAAGGAUGUUAUCCAGCUUGGUCACUCAAAAGAACAGAGCGCAGCAAUCAGAGCGAAGCGACAAAAACGAGGUGAUGCUAGCGUAGUCGAAGGAGACGGCAUGUAUCUUGGACCCUGGGCGAAAUACCAGAGCGACGAUGUGGCUUACGAGCAAGCCGAGCUGGAUGCUGAUCGGGAACUCGCCUCAGAUGAAGAAUGGGUUGAGGAAGGCAUAGUACCAACACCGAUGCCCGCGCCAUCAAAGGACACAACUGCCUAUGGCGAGGAUACUUCAACAACAGAAACCACUGAGUUCCACGGCGCCUCCGAACGCGACUAUCUUGGCCGGACGUAUAUGCAUGUUCCCCAAGAUCUCGACAUCGAUUUACGCAAAGAGCCCGGCUCUAUCCAGAACUACGCUCCCAAACGCCUCAUACAUUCGUACAAAUACCACAACAAGCCCAUCACCACGCUCCGCUUCAUCCCCAAGACCUCUCAUCUCCUCCUCUCCGCAUCAGCCGACACGAAAAUCGCGCUGUGGGAUGCAUACCACGACCGCACACUUCUGCGUACCUUCUCCGGGCACUCCAAAGCCAUCACAGAUGCCAAUUUCUCGCCGUCUGGCACUACUUUCCUCUCUGCUUCUUUUGACCGCCAGAUGAAGCUUUGGGAUACGGAAACCGGCAAGUGUAUUUCGCGGUUCACUACUGGCAAGACGCCGCACUGCCUCGUCUUCCAGCCCGAGGGCAACGAGUUUCUUGCUGGCAUGUCGGAUAAGAAAAUCGUCAGCUUUGAUGUGCGCUCCGGCGAGCUCACUCAGGAAUACGACCAUCAUCUUGGUGCCAUCAACACGCUAGUCUUCGUCGACGAAGGCCGUCGUUUCAUAAGCACAUCGGACGACAAGUCUCUGCGAGCCUGGGAGUGGGGCAUUCCCGUGCCCAUCAAGUUCAUUGCCGACCCCGAGAUGUUUGCGCUCACACGUGCCUGCGUGCAUCCCAGCGGAAAAUAUGUUGCCUACCAGUCCGGCGAUAACCAGAUCGUAGUAUACGCAGCGGGCGACAAGUUCCGGCAGAACCGCAAGAAGGGUUUCAGGGGGAUGAAUACCGCGGGGUUGGCGGUGGACGUGGCGAUCAGUCCGGACGGUGGUAUUGUGGCCAGCGGAGACAGCGGCGGAUACGUUUGCUUCUGGGACUGGAAGACAGGAAAGAUGUGGCAUAAGUUCUUGGCAACCGAGGGCAAGUUUGGUGGCAAGGGGAAGGAAGAGGGAAGGGUAGGCGAGCCAGUGACAUGCGUGGUAUGGAACGAGCAGGAGAGCAGUAAGGUCGCCACCGGAGGGAGAGACGGGGUCGUAAGAUAUUGGGAUUGA